GUUCUCAUGAGUCGGAUGAGCUGCGUUCUCCGGAGGGCCUUCAGCAUCCAGCGGUUCACCAUGAACGCAGACAGAGGACAGCUCCGAGGAUCUGAGCUGCAGCUGCCCGGACGCCUGCGGCGUGCUUAAAUGUGCAUGUUGGAAACCAGCUGAAGAUGCAGGGGGCCGUUGCACGAGUGUGUAUGGUGGUGGCCGCCGCCAUACUAAACCACCCGUUGCGCUUUCCUCAAGAGAACGCCACGCUCGCGGAGCAGGACGAGGAGCUGGUGGCUCGUAUGCGGCAGCAUGAGGAGCGGCUGAAAAUGGAGCAGGCGAGGUUUGAGGAAGAGCUCUCGCGGCCGGAGGAAGAGCCGGAAGAAACCCGCUCGGAGGAAGGUUCUAGUUGGUACUUUUGGAGCGCUGUGUCUGUCGUUCUCUUCUUCGCCAUCGAGGUGUCCCGGUCGCAGGGUGGUGCCGACGCCGCAAUCCGGCCAGUUGAGGACGACGACGUGUUUUCCGAGGGCGGAUCCGUCACCGCCGGGACGGUGGUGCUGGAUAAAGACGCCCUGAGCAACUUCUGCGACGACUGCGCCUCCGCGUCGGCGCGUGAAAACUGGAGGGUGAGGGGGUUCGUCGAGGGUUUUGCCGACGACCUGUUGGAAUCGCUCCGGAGCGUGUGCGACCGGUGGGCGGACAUGGAAGUCGGCGACUUCGUCGGCGUCGGGAGCAUGUUCGAGUCGUGGAAGGUGUGCAAGCCGCUGAUGUGCGACCUCAUCGUGCCGCUCUCGCCUCCGGAGCCGUACUCCUUCCGGUUCCACCUGUGGUGCGGCCCCUCCGGCGACAUGCCUCCGGACAUGCAGGGCUGCGGCAGGAUCAAAGUGACCCGUGAGCGCGAGCGGGGCUGCCUCUGCGGCGCCGCGGACCUGGGAGACGACGUGCUCUGCCUGUUGCACGGCACGGACGAGCCGCUCGGAGACGAGCCGCUGUGCGCCGGGAACACGCGCUUCUUGGCCAAAGAUCAAGUCAUGAAGUGGUUUCAGAUCUCGGUGACCAGAGCGUGGGCACGCAUCUCUUACAAAUACGACUUUGAGCUCAAUUUCCGCAACCUGGAUGCCGCCGGCGCUCUGAAGAUCCGAUUCCGUUCGGGCAAAGUGGUCGUGCUGAACGUCAUACCGGCGGUUCGGCUGGAGGACACGGACGCUUACUUCGUGUUGCGCUUCCCGUCGGACAGCGACGGCGCUCCUGACCCAUGCUGGCCCCUCUCUUUCGCCGUCUACGAGAGGAAUUUGCUGAAGCAUUUCUCGAAGCGCCUGCCGCAAAACUCCUGUCAUUUGCACUGCCUUCGGAUUGUGACUUUCCUCCACAGAAAGCAGACGGAGCUCACGGGGAAAAGCGGCCUCACGAACUACCACGUGAAGACCGCGCUGUUGCACUUGCUGAUGACCGAAGGGGCGUCGGCGUGGAGCAUCGGGAGCACGGAGCGCAGGCUUCGGGACGUGCUCGGCUUCUUGCAGAGGAGCCUACACGAGAAGAGACUUCACCACGCUCUGAUCGGGAACAGGAACGUGCCGGAGGAAGUCCAGGUCCCCGAGAUGUUUCGCAAGGCAGAGCCCGUCAACCUGUUCCGGUCUCUGGUGCUGCAGAGGGAACUUUAUGCAGCGACCGUCGGGCAUUUCCACGAGAUGUUGAGAAACGCUCCCGUGCUCCUACGAGAGUACACGUCGCACUCAUCCAACGGCGCUCCGCACCACAGGCCGGACGCAAGCUUGUGAGCGUUGGCCAUAUUUGUUAUCGUGACUAUCUUUAACCCUCCUGUUGCCUUUACAUUUACUGACAUUUUACCCUCGGGGUCAAUUUGACCCCAGCAAUUAAAACCUCCAGAAAAUUAUGAGAAUUAAUAUUGUUUUCCAAGUUUAAGUGUGAGGUACUUUGUUUGUUUGUUGACUACCUAAAUAGCCCUUUAAAUAUUAAAGUUGAUAUUUCUUAUGUUUGACAGUGAAAAACAGCCUGGGGUCAAAUUGACCCUAAAGGUAACAGGAGGGUUAAAUAUCGUUCAAUGUUACAAUUAGUUGCACAAUUGGUCAAAUGAAGAAGGUGCACCGUUAUUUGUUACAGCUGAUAUCUUGACAUGAAUUCUUGUUUUUUUGAUGCUGCUUUCUUCACUUGACAAGGAGUCCCUAUGUGUGACUCUACACAAUACUGGAGCAGAAAUUCAACAGUGGGUUCUGUUUGUAAAAUAGUCGCACAAGAUUUGAUGGGUGUAUUUAAGUGAGUAUUAAUUAAAUCUGUAAGACUGUUACUGGAGUCAUAUUGCUUCUUUUAUCGCGUGACCUGCUGGAGAGGUUUUCCAGUGGAAAUCUGUCUGCCUUUCAGACACAGGAAGAUGAUCCUUUUAAAAAUGCAUUUUACCUUUUCAAAGAAUACAUAAUGCACUUUCUCAGAGCAUUUUAACAAAGAAGACUUAUAGCAGUGCUUUGUUUAACAUUCCUACUGUUGCAGAUCUGAUGUGCAGCUAAUAAUUGCGCAAUGUUUUGCCGGUUACAUUUUUGCUGUGUGUGGGGGGGGGUGCUAAUGUAGUUAUUAUUUAUAACAGACAAAAAGUUCAGGUCAGUCAUUUCAUCCGUUUUUUUAUUAAAGAAAGAUCGAUCAACA